CGCGCGCGGUCAUGUGACUGGGCUAAGAUGGCGUCCCCCGGCUUACGGUGGCUCCUGACUGUGUCUCUUCUGCCCUGGUGCUGCGCCGCCUGGUCGCUGGGAUAUCUUAAUCCGCCUUCUCCGCCACCGCUGGUGAUCUGGCAUGGGAUGGGAGACAGCUGUUGCAACCCCAUAAGCAUGGGUGCCAUUAAAAAGAUGGUUGAAAAGGAACUACCUGGAAUUUACGUCCUGUCUCUAGAGAUUGGGAAGAACAUGAUGGAGGAUGUGGAGAACAGUUUCUUCCUGAAUGUCAAUUCCCAAGUGAAGAUAGUGUGCCAGAUUCUGGAAAAGGAUCCGAAGUUGCAGCAGGGUUACAAUGCUAUGGGCUUCUCCCAGGGAGGCCAGUUUCUGAGGGCAGUGGCCCAGAGAUGCCCGUCACCUCCCAUGAUCAACCUGAUCUCAGUUGGGGGACAACAUCAAGGUGUCUUUGGCCUCCCUCGGUGCCCAGGAGAGAGUUCAUAUAUCUGUGACUUCAUCAGGAAAACAAUUAAUGCUGGUGCUUACUCCAAAGUUGUCCAAGAACGCCUGGUGCAAGCACAGUACUGGCAUGACCCCAUCAAGGAGGAUGUGUACCGCAACCACAGCAUCUUCCUGGCAGACAUAAAUCAAGAAAGGAGUGUCAACGAGUCCUACAAGAAGAACCUGAUGGCCCUCAAGAAGUUCGUGAUGGUGAAAUUCCUCAACGAUUCCAUUGUGGACCCAGUAGACUCUGAGUGGUUUGGAUUUUACAGAAGUGGCCAAGCUAAGGAAACCAUUCCCGUCCAGGAGAGCACUAUAUACAAAGAGGAUCGCCUGGGACUAAAGCAAAUGGACAAAGCAGGAAAGCUGGUGUUUCUGGCUAAGGAGGGGGACCAUCUUCAACUGUCUAAAGAAUGGUUUCAUGCCCACAUCACACCUUUUCUUAAGUGAAGCCCUUGCGCUUUGCAGCAGAGCUCAGGAAAGCCCAGCUCUCCCUGGCCACCCUGGUCUCUAACCUAGCUUGCAGGCAGCCCUCCUCCCUGUUAUCUAACAUGCCUUACUUGGAAAGAUCUAAGAUCUGAAUCUUAUCCUUUGCCGCCUCCUACAACCAUAUGGUGUUGAAUUCAAAUUUAAUUAGCUAAUAACCAUGGCGAUUGUUUUACGACCUUGUGAUAUGGUCAAGCUUCAUCUGAAGAAGGGAGUCUGCUGUUGCAGAUCAAUGAUUGUGCCCAAAGGAGACAAGAAAGUGAAGCAGGGAGACAGGCUGAGGGCAUAAACCCACACAAAUUUGGAACAAAUAAAAGCCUGGUGGUACCCAGUCCUGAGGGGCUCGCACAGCACUUUCUCGGCGCUGCUGCUGUGGGCGGUGCUGUCUUCCUAUCUAAGGGUUGCCUUCUAGUGGCUCCUAGCAGUCGCUCCACAGGCCUACCUUCAUGUCCCCACAGAACUUACCUUGAACCCUCAGUGAUAGAAUUAGUCACAAAAGGAGGGACCGGGAGCAGGGUGGCUUAAGAGAAGAAAUGCACUUUUUUUGAGACAGAGUCUCUCUCACUCUGUAGCCCUAGCUGGCUGGAACUAUGUAGAGCGGACUGGCCUUGAACUCACAGAGCUCCUCUGCCUUGAGUGCAGGGGUCAAAGGCCUGCACCACCACGAUGUGUGUCUUACCUACCAUGAGAUAGUGGGGAAGUGGAGCCAGGUGGGAACUGUUCUUACAAACAGCCCUCUGUAGUUGCUCACACCAUUGCAAACAGGAGGAAGUCUGAAAGCUGGGACUUAGACACUUCUACCCAAAUCCUAUUUACCAGCAUACUCCAAGCUGCUGCUGACUGGGUUCAAGAAAACGACUGAAGAGUAUUGUAGACUUCCUUUUCCCCUUGGACACCAACCCACAUUAGUAUCAGGUGAUGACUCUGAUGGUUAGAGAGACACUGCCCCCACUUCAUGUGCCACCUGAGCUUGGACCCUUUAGCACUCAGGCUGAGGCCGCAGCACUUUCUGGAUGAUUCCUAUCUAGUCUGGAGAAAUGAUUCUUUUCAUGAAAGCACCCUAUUAGCAAUGCAGAAUCCACCCCUUGCCAGUUUUUCCUUUUCUCAAGUCUACUCUUCAGUAACAAGAUACAGGGUAAGGGCAGGCAGCGGGAAGGUGUGACGCUCACUUUACAGGCUGUCUGAAAUAAAGAGUAGUUUCUUA